CCAUGGACACGAUGGAGAAGGGGAUGCACAUGCAAUUCGGGAGGCUUCGAGGAUUUCGGGCUGGUAAUUCCGAAGCGGGAGAUAAAGGUUAACGGGGUGGGUAUGGAGCUGUCACUGGUAUCAGGACAGAGAUGCGAGUAGGGUCUGGACGAGUCGGUGUCUAAAGUGAGGAUUCAUCUGGUGCAGACGGGCUCUCGUGGAAUGAUGGACACCUUGACCUGGAUUGCGAACGGAUCUCCCUCUUCCAUGCCAAUCCUUUUUCCAUCUGUAGAUUCUGUUCAUGCGUCCGCCAAUCUGCAAAAGCACCGACACGGACAGCUACUGUGGGGAAGGGACGCGAGGGCAAAGACGAAGCUUUCUCGAGUGGCUUGAUGUCCCGCUCUACUCUACUUUCAUUACUAUUCAAUCUUUAUAUACGUUUCUUUAUAGUCCGGAAAGCUUGACUGCUGAGCAGGUUGAUUUUGGAUUGGACUUCAAGAUGGGUGUCAUGCAAAGAUCUCUGAGACCUAUAGCAGGAGCGGUCUUGCCACUGAGAACCCCUUUUAUGGCUGCCCUGAUUGCACUUUGGCUUAUUUGGUCGAUCUUGUCGUUGGAUAUGUCAAGAUUCAAGUCAUCUGUGGAACCCGAAUAUACGGAAGUGGUGGAUUCCAUUAAACAGACGGCCGAGGAUGAGGCUAUCAGGAUGGCUCUUGGAUUGAGUCCAGACAAUUCAGACUCUUCCAAUUCAGCGGAUAACCCCGUUGUCGUUGAAGUACCAUCUGAGACUCCGGAAUCUAUUUCGAACACUGUUGAGCAGCCAAACGAAGUCAAAGGGACGUCAACAGGAAAGGAAGGAUCAACAACUACACCAGAUAGCGCAUCAUCUCAGACCGGCCAAGAACUCGCUGGAGUUCCUCAGCAGGCUACGAAAAAUAUCACUAUCUCACCCUUGCCGCUAGUUCUCUACGCCUACUCCGAAUCCGAGGCCGCUCGUCCUAAUCUCGAAUUCUUCAUCCGACACGCCCUCAAUGAAGCCGCGGACUUCAUCUUCAUUCUCAAUGGACAUACGGAUGCGGCCGCCAUUAUACCUAACUUACCAAACAUCCGAGUCGUUCAACGAGAUAAUGACUGCUACGAUCUCGGUGCAUACGCCGAAGUCCUGCAAAGAGAUGAUCUGUGGAAGGGAUAUGGGAAGUUCAUUAUGUUGAACGCAAGUCUCCGAGGACCAUUCAUGCCAUAUUGGAGUGAUGCUUGUUGGAUUGACAUGUACCUGCGGAAACUGACCGAGGAAGUGAAGCUCGUAGGCAUGACAGCCAACUGCUGGCCAACCUUCCACAUGCAAUCCAUGAUCUGGGCGACCGACUCAAUAGGCCUCUCAACGCUCCUCUUUCCCCCGCAACAAGCCCUCGACUAUCUCGCCCUCAACCCUGUCCGCCUUCCCCCGGCCAAAAACAAAGAGCAUCUCCCCUCCACCUCCGCCGCCCUUCUCCCCUCUGCCCUGACCACCCGCUCCAACACUAACUCCAACGCUGACUCCACCAACCAACCCGGCUCCCCAGACCACCAGAACCACCUACAGCCCGAAGCCUACCGCUACCUCCCCUCCAUCCACCAACCCCCAGGAAUAAACGCCUGCUUCCACACCUGGGACUCUGCGGUGGCCGCCGAAGUCUCAGCAACCGCUCUCAUCAAAGCUGCAGGCUACAAAAUCGACGUCUUGAUGACGGCGUUCCAUGGGAUCAAGGAGGUGGAGAGGGGAGAGAGCUGUGAGGUGAAUGGCGAUGUGUUAUUUGAGGGAGGGUACUUUGGCGGCGAUAUCAGUGUUUGGGAGACGGGGUGGUGGAAGACCAAUCGUGGGAUGAGGGAGGAGGAGCUUAAGAGGCUGACCGGGUGGGUUGGGGAGAGGGGGUAUCGGAGUUGGGAUUUUUGUAGGGCAGAGAGGGGGAACUAGAGGUUGGUGUUGGGUUUUCUUCUUUUGAAGGGGGUCGGGGCGUUUUGGUCGAAUUUGGGAUGUAUGUAGAAUGAUACCAUGAUAGA